UAUUACUUUUCUCAAAAGUGUUAUUUUCAUAAAGUUCAUUCCCACUGACACGAAACGAUGUCCAAAAUGAAAAUCAUUCCGAAUAACUUAACCAAAUGGGAUCAGUCAGAAGAUCCUCUAGCACCGUUGACUGCUUGUCAAAAGGAUUGUUUAUUACGUUUAGAGGAUGAAUUGUUUUCCGAGAGUACGCUCGAAACUAAAGAGACAGGGGACACUGUUACCACAAGCAAAGAAGAUACGAAAUCAAUACAAAUAGAACGGUAUCAAGAUCUUUUAGAACAUUAUGCCUCAUUAGAAAAAAAAUGCAUGGACAAAAAAGAUACAAAAUACAUAUUGUAUCUUAAUGAGCUCGAAGCACGACGACACGAAUGUCAUGCUCUCUGCCUUCAGAUUGAAGAGGUUAUGGAAGACUUGACAACGUUAUUCCAACAAUAUUCAGAAGUUUCUGAUAAAACUACUUCCCUUUAUAAUGCUAGUGAACAGCUUGACUCUGAUCAGAGGAAGUUAAAUGCUACUAUAGAAAACAUCACGGAGUAUGUAAAAUAUUUCAAAGAUAUUGAUCUGAUGAUGGAGAAAUUAGAAGCACCUACAUUAUCAGUGAAUAGUGAGAUGUUCUUUAAUAUAUUGGAUAAAAUUGAUACCAAUAUAGAUUUUGUGCAAAGCAAUCCUUCAUUUAAAGAGAGCAAUACAUACUUGAUUAAAUAUAAACAUUGUCAGUCCAAGGCAAUAUCUAUGAUACAAAAUUAUGUAUUUAAUUUAUUUAGUAAAACCACAGAAAGUAUUUUAAAUUUGAGAGACAGCGAUGACUCUCAGGAUAAUGCAGAUGCUGCAUUGGCUCUUUUCUAUGGUAGGUUCCAAACUAUUUUAUCGAAAGUUAGACCAGUUAUAGAACAAGUAGAAGUGAAGUCGUAUAAACGGCAAGAGUAUGACAGUUUAUUGUCAGAAUGUCAUCAAUAUUAUUGGAGUCAGAGAGGAUUAGUAUUGGGUACAAGUGUACAGAAGUCUUUAAUGUCUAUAAAAGAAAAAUACAAUGGUGAUCAUUGUAGUCUUGUACGGAAUUCAUGUGCACUAUUGCUGCAUGCAUCAAUGGAUGAAUACAAAUUAUUUUAUGAAUUUUUUACUAAACCAUCCAGCGGAUUAACAACAUACUUGGAAAGUUUAUGUACAUCUUUAUAUGAUAUGCUAAGACCGUUUAUUAUUCAUAUUAAUCAUUUAGAAACACUGGCUGAAAUUUGUUGUAUUUUGAGAAUUGAAAUGUUAGAUGAACAUGUGCAUAAUAAUUUUGAACCCUUAGAAGGAUUUGGAAACAUUUGCUUACAGCUGUUGCACGAUGUACAAGAAAGGCUUGUCUUUCGUGCACAUCUUUAUUUGCAAUCUGAUGUUUUGAAUUAUAAUCCAUCACCAGGUGAUUUAGCAUAUCCAGAUAAAUUAAAAAUGAUGGAAGAUAUAGCAGAAUCAAUAAGAGAAGAGACUCGACAAACAAAUAUGAAAAAAAUAUCAGUAUCAUCUAAUGAUGAUAAUUUUAUUGAACCUAUUUCUAGAAAUCAUAUUGUAAUGGAUUCUAUUUAUCAAAAAACACAUAUGGGAAAUUCACCAGCUGAUCUUCAUGGAAUGUGGUAUCCUACAGUCCGCAGAACAUUAGUCUGUUUAUCAAGAUUAUAUAGAUGUGUAGAUAGAUCUGUCUUUCAAUCCCUCAGUCAAGAAGCAAUAUCUCUAUGCGUUCAAAGUAUAGAGAAUGCAAGGCAGGAGAUUGAGAAAAGGACAUCAACUUUAGAUGCAGAACUUUUCCAAAUAAAGCAUUUGUUAAUAUUACGAGAACAAAUAGCACCAUUUCAAGUGGACUUUACUAUAAAGGAAUAUAGUCUAGACUUUUCUAAAGUUAAGACAGCUGCAUUUGGUUUACUGGAAAAAAGUUCCAGACUUUUCACUCUGUCAAAUAAUGCAUUGUUGGAGUUUCUCUUAGAAGGAGCACCACAAAUGAAAGAACAGCUAAUAGACUCCAGGAAAUAUGUGAAUAAUAAAAUGAAAUAUACUUGUCAGCGACUUAUACAGCAUGCAACUUUUAUAUUGAUACACCCAAUUCUAAAAUUAUUAGAUAAAGAAAAAUCGUAUGUUAAUACUACUAACGUAGACAAAUCUCAUGAACAUUUUCUUGGAAGUCCGCAAGAUGUUGCUGCAGUAAUUAGCGAAGUUUUGAGGAUAAUUAAAUUCAGAUGUCCUGAAAUUCAACAACUGAUGCAGUUAUAUUUGUCUAAUAAGGAGACAGAGUUUAUUCUAUUUAGACCAGUGAAAAAUAACGUGUGUGCUGCGUUUACACAAUUAUAUCAAAUACUGAGUAAAUAUUAUAAUGCAGAGGAGCUUCUUUUAAUUGCUUGUCCAUUGCCAGAACAAAUUUCCGUUAUAUUGAGUUCAUCCAGUCUUGUACACGGAAAAAGCACACAAAAUGUUGUACAAAAAACAUAACUAAUGUAAAUCAUCAAAUUGUUACAAUAAUUCAAUAUGUU